AUGGUUGAGCGAUGGCGACUGGAGACCCACACAUUUCAUCUCCACACUGGUGAGGCCACUAUCACGCUUCAGGAUGUGGAGGUCAUGUAUGGACUACAGGUAGAUGGAUGCCCGUUAUACAAAGAAGAGCCUCAGCUGCCGCCGUCGUAUCGGGAGGAGUUGACUAGGCUCACUGAUUGUGUGCCUCAGGAGGGUGAGAUCCAUGGACAGACUCGGAUGUCAAUGCUUGCCCUCUGUACUCACUUGUGCCUUUUAGACAUCGAGCAUCCUAUUACAGACGACACAUCUCAGGUGGAUGUCGAUCGUCAUGCUCGUCUGUACUUGCUCAUCAUAUUCUGGGGCAUCCUAUUUGCGAACACAUUGGGUUCCCAUGUCAGCUUAAAGUAUUUGCUAUUUCUGGAGGAUCUGGGCGACUUGGGAUGUUAUAGCUGGGGCACUGCUGUUCUGGCUUACCUGUAUCGAGCAUUAUGUCGAGCGUUUAUGGGCGAUAAGAAGGAUGUCUCUGGAUUUCACGCGCUCCUCCAGUCUAGGAUGAGGCCUUUUCAGCCCAUAAUUGCGCACCCUCAGCCUGACUUCAUUGCUGAGGGCAUGCCCUACACGCAGAGAUGGACGGGAGGCGUAAUCUGA